CAUUACUUGGAUCUCCGAUUGAGGAAUGAAUGCCCACAGAGCCCUAGUUCUCCUCAGGAUCGGCCCCUUGCACCUCUGCAGAAAAACUCCCACCAGGACAGCACUUCACCCGAGGUGCAGGAUGCAUUCAAAGACUCCGGAACCGGCGAAGAAGAUCCGGCAGCCUCUCUCUGGACCAUAUCUGCCAACGGGCAAGUCAAACUGAGGAUCGAUCCUACCUGCUCGCAGACCCCCAUAACGGUUCACGACAUGUUCCUGGAAUCCCUUGAGAAAUACGGGUCCCUCCACUCCAUGGCCAGCCGAAAGAACGGGAAAUGGGAAAAGGUCACCUUUCUGGAGUACUAUAACCUCUCUCGGAAAGCCGCCAAGAGCUUCCUCAAGCUCGGCCUUGAACGGUUCCAUGGCGUGGCAAUACUCGGGUUCAAUUCUGCAGAGUGGUUCAUCUCGGCGGUGGGAGCCGUUUUUGCUGGUGGAAUCGUGACAGGAAUUUACACAACCAGUUCUCCCGAUGCCUGCCACUAUAUUGCUCACGACUGCCAAGCAAACAUAAUCGUGGUUGACAGCCAGAAACAGCUGGAUAAAAUAACGCAGAUCUGGCAUCGCCUGCCGCACUUGAAAGCUGUCGUGAUGUACAGAGAUCCCGUGGUGGACAAACGUCCCAAUUUGUAUGCGAUGGACGAAUUCAUGGCACUGGGCAACGAAGUCCUGGACGAAGAUCUCGAUGCUAUUAUCAGCUCCCAGAAGCCGAAUCAGUGCUGCGUACUGAUCUACACGUCUGGAACGACCGGGAACCCCAAAGGAGCUAUGCUGAGUCAUGAUAACAUAACGUGGACCUCCGCGCACGCCAGCCGAGCAGGCGACAUGCAGCCCGCCGAAGUCCAGCAGGAGACGAUCGUCAGCUACCUUCCGCUCAGCCACAUAGCGGCCCAGAUCUACGACCUCUGGACGGGGAUCAAGUGGGGAGAACAAGUCUACUUCGCGGAGCCCGACGCCUUGAAGGGAGGCCUGGUCAACAUCCUGAAAGAGGCACUGCCCACGUCUCUCAUGGGAGUCCCCCGGGUGUGGGAGAAGAUCAUGGAGAAGAUCAAAGAAGUCUCUUUACAGUCGGGGUUCCUGAAGAAGAAAAUGCUCUCCUGGGCCAUGUCGGUCAGCUUGGAAAGAAACCUGAGCAGCUCAAAUAGUGACUUAAAGCCCUUCCGAAUGAGAUUAGCAGACCAUUUGGUCCUGGCCAAGAUCCGCCACGCCUUGGGAUUCUCUCAGUGCCAGAAGCAUUUCUCCGGGGCGGCUCCCCUCCCCUCAGAAGUGAUGCGCUUCUUCCUGGGCUUGAACAUCCCCUUGUACGAAGCCUACGGGAUGAGCGAGACCACCGGCCCACACUGCAUGUCCGGGCCGAACGUUUACCGGCGUCACAGUUGCGGCAAAGCAGUCCCUGGCUGCAAAGUGAAGUUGGUGAACGAGGACGCUGACGGCAACGGGGAGAUCUGCUUUUGGGGGCGGACGGUCUUCAUGGGGUACUUGAACAUGGAGGAGAAAACCAGGGAAGCCAUCGACGGGGACGGCUGGCUGCAUUCCGGAGACCUCGGGAAGCUGGACAAAGAUGGCUUCCUCUACGUCACCGGAAGGAUCAAAG